AUGGUCUCCGGAGGAAUGUCGUGCGUUAAGUACCUGUUGUUUGCCUUCAAUUUGGUUUUCGUGAUCUUCGGCAUCCUAUUGCUGUACUCUGGCUUCAAGACGAUCGCCAAUAUAGAUCACUAUCACCUGCUCCUGGAUGAGGCGCCCCAUAACGUGGCCAUCGCUCUGGUGAUCGUCGGGUUCGCCAUCUUCGCGGUCGCAUUCCUCGGCUGCUGCGGUGCCAUCAAAGAGAACGCUUGUAUGCUUACGUCGUUCAGUUCAAUCAUAUUAGUCAUACUUCUGAUUGAGUUGAUCGGCGCCGGACUCAUCUUCGCCUUCAAGUCCACCCUGAAGUCGGCGGCCGAGAAGGGCAUAGAGGGGGCCAUCGCUAAGUACAACAUGACUGACAACUCGACCGACAUUAACGUGAUUCUGGACGACAUCCAGAAGAAUCUGAAGUGUUGCGGUGCCGUCAACGCCAGCGACUGGCAGUUGCACAACAAAUACCCGGCCGACACCUAUCCCCCGUCGUGCUGUGCCACUGAGACCACCGCCAAAUUCUGUACUACCGAUCCCUACAAGAAUGGAUGUAUCGAUAAGUUGGAGGCGGACGUGAAGGGCUCGAUCGGCCUGUUAGGCGGCAUUGCCAUUGCUGUGGCUGUCAUUCAGUUGAUUGGGAUUAUCUUCUCGUGUUCUCUCAGCCGAAGUAUUAAGAGAGAGUACGAAGUGAAACUACCGCUUAGUCUAAGAGUCGGAGUGGAGGGGGAGGGGCUGUCAAAGGGGUCGGUACCUGGCGUUGGCAUGAUGUUAGACAGUGGUGGUGGUGGUGGGGCUGUCAGAGCCUAUGCCUACCUGUUGCCUACCUGUGCGAUGGUGUGUGCGCUGGCGUGCAUUCCGGACCGGUUGUGUAUUCGAGAGAGCGCUGGCAGCCUAUGCUAUAGCUAUGGGCCAGCCGUAUGA